CAGAAACAGCUAUGGCGGACGACUCAUCGAAACUCAAAGAACAAAUCGCGUAUCUCACGAGUAAGUAAGGAUUGUAAAGGUUCAUUUUCAAAGAUGAUCUUGCCCAUGAAUAAAUUAUUUUUUUGUGUGUGUUGAUUACGCGAAAAAACACUUCCUUUGUAACUUAUUGGAUGCAUUAUCCAGAAGCUAAUCUUUUGUGCCGUGACAGUAGCAAGCUUUCUGAAUUUUACGCUUUCCUUGUAAAUUGUGCGUCGAUGCACCUACAAGCAUGUAUCGGCGUGGCAUAUUUUCUGUUAAAUACUUUCGACUGAAGGAUGUCUCUCCGAAAUUUGUGAAUUACCUUUAUGCAUCAAUAUUAGAAAAUUACGAUUUGGACAGUGAUUGUGAAGGAGAAAAUAACAGAUAGGAAGUUCUCUUUCAUUUUACAUGAUAGGUUACUGUUGGUAGCCAUAGCCGUCCAUCAUAUUUUACGAAUUGUCGAACAAUCUACCUUUUUGUGGAUUGAAACAGAUUUUCGUCAGUAUUAACAAAUUUUACAUGGGGCACGUAAGAGUGUCACGAUGCUUUUUAAUAAGCUAAGACAAAGUCAAGUUGUUUCUUUCAAAUUUGGUAAUUUUUUUACUUUGAAUGUUCUUUCUCAGAUCUUAUUAAAUCUCAUAAAAAGAUACCUUCCCAAAGAAGUGUAUUUGGAGUUCAGCCUUGUACAGUCCAGGACAACAGCAGAUCAUUUUCUUGGCAAAGAACAACACAGAAAGGAAAAACAACCAAGCAGCAGACUUUACAGCCAUCAUUGAACCAUGUGAGAGGGCAAUCAGGAAGAGUUAACUCUUCAUAUAGUCUGGAUCGCAGGAAAUUGAACAGUCAAAGUUCAGGUACAGUGUACAUUUACUGUAUGAGAACUACCUGUCUUGUUUGAGUGGCCCUUCUCCAUGGGCAUUGACUCACAGUCUGCAAUGAGUUCACUUCUGUUUGUUUUAUCAGUCAAAACUAUAACAAAAUUCUCAAAUGUGAUUGGUUAUCACCAGCCUGAUUUAAGCAGUAAUAGGACAGUGUAAGCAUUAUGCUUGAAAUUGGACAGUUAAAGGGACAGUUAACACGUCAUGCCUGUGUAAGUGGACAGAACAUGUCAUGUGCACUCACUGUUGUCUCACAUUUCACCAAGGUAACUGUUGUUAGUUUCUUUAAAUGAAAACGUGUAACUGAUGUCCAAUUUCCUUCUUAAAUUUUUUUAUAAUUUUGAUUAAUUGGUUACAGGACUUUGCGUCUGUCUGUGAUCAUGCUCAUGAUUACAGACGGAAUUGGACUCCUCUUAGUCCUAUUACCAUUAUUAAUAGAAUUGAUGGUGUUGAUUCUUUAACUCCCAGAGGUGAUUAACAUGUAACUUCUCUCUAUAAGAUCUACACAGUAUCCAGCAAACAGAAUACUCAAACUUACCAGAUAGAGUUGUUGUCUAAAUCCAAAAACCAACUUCUCACAACUAAUUUAAAAGGGGAGAAUGAACAACAGUUAAAACAGUUAAGAAUGCACUCAUAAGUGCAGACUUUGCUCAAUUUGAUAACCCUCUCAUUCCCAAGAUCACAUUAACCCUUUAACUCCCAAGAUCUGAUUGUUGAUUCUCCCCUCUAGCUGCUACACAUUUCCUUGUAAAUUAGUUAUGAGAACUUGGUACUAGAUCAAGAUAGCAGCUUCUAUCUGAUAAGUUUGAAUAUUCUCAUUACCUGUUUGCUGAAUAAUGUAUGGAUAUUGUAGGGAGAGGUUUUAUGUUGAUCGCUUCUGGGAGUUAAAGGGUUAAUAAUUCCCCUUACUCUCUGCUAUACAAUUUUUAUGAUGUUAGUUCAGAGAAUUUGGUAUUGGAUCAACUAAUAAUCUCUUUGUUGAUAAUUGCUUUUGUUCCCACCACUGGUCUGCUUGAUAUUGCAUUGGUAUACUAUCAUUGAAAUAAUAGGCAGCCAGGUUAUUAUGGAAAUCACGUUGUUUUGUCAGAUUACACACAAGAAUGGGAACUAUUCAGUGCAAAGUUAUCUGGGAUUCCACAAAGUUUGCACAGAUUUUCUGGCAAAUUCUGAAUGUGGAAUGGAUUUACACGUUAUCAAUUGUUGUGUUGUGUAUGAUUUCAGGUCAUGAUUCUGAAAAGACAAAGAUAAAUGCUCCAGUCACUUCAGGGUCAUCUGGAUGUUCACAUACUAUGAACAACAAUAAAUCAAUUCCUGAAAGUAAAACAGUCCUAAAACAAAAUAACAGAAGAACAGAAUUACCAACUCCAACGAUGGAACAGGCACAAAAAUCACGCAUGUUAUCUUUACAACCAAAUCAUACCUUGACAGCAAAGAAUCCUUAUGUUUUGAAUAAAAAAGAGAUCCCUCCUUUGUCUAGUGUUAAAACUGUUGCACAGAAAUCAGCCUUGAAAUGGGAAAAACCCAGUGCUGCAAGUGCUUCAGGUUUGUCAUCUGAUGAAAGUAAAAGCCAUAUUGACUCAGAACUUUACAGGAAGAAAUCACAAUUACUGCAGGCAGGAAUGUCAUUGGGGAAGCCUUCCACUAAAGUGAAAUCAUCAACAAUGGUUCCUCUUGAAGCACCAUCCACAUAUGGAGCUCAUGGAUCAUUCAAAUGGUCAAAAUCAAAACCAUCUGCAUCUAGUAAUAAAGAGAAAAAAGGGAAAAAAUCAAAGCCUUCAAGAUCCAAGCUUAAAUGGACAAAACUAGGAGCUCAAGUUGAGGCUAAAAAAGUACUGAAUCCCUAUGUACUCAAAAAAGAGAGUCCAGGAGGUGGAAAUGCUUGUCAGAGGCAGAAAUUUACAUCAAACAAAGCUAAAAAACUGGAAAAGCAACCACUUUGUUUUUCAAAAUAUCAGGUACAUGAAACAGUAGUUUUUUUUUUUUUAACAAAAAACAGGGUUAAGUGUUGUUUUUUUUUUCCUUAAAGAAAGGAACCACUCACAAGCAAAAAUGUUAUGUGGCCAAUAUUGUCUAUAAAGGACACAAUAAUUGGCAAAAAAAUUAUGGAAAGCAACAGCAACAAUUGGUAUACUGAACUACACUAAGCAUACAAUGUAGCCCUACACUGUAGAUUUGAUGAGUGGAUGAAUUAUUUGCAAAUUAUAUUUGUUCUUUUUAUGCCUGUUACAUUCCUUUAUGUGAGAUUAGCAAUGAAUUUUGGAGACAACUGUAUCUCAGGAUUUCUUAGGCCUGAAACACCCUUCAGAAUUUGAAUUGACAGACUUACAAUUUUGCAGACUGGUUUUAUAAUGUUCAAUAGAGUGUACCCCUGUGACUUUCAAACUCUUUUCACUCAACCCUUUACACCCUAAUAUCAGUAUGCAUAUUCUCCAUACUGUUCUCUAUACAUUUCCUUAAGUGCUGACAAGGAGAAUAUGCAUAACAAGCAAGAUGAUCAUUCCUCUAUUCUCAUGACCAUAAGGGGUUAAUAGCAAACAAUUUUACACUUGCUUAAACCUUGAAUAAUUUCAGGGCUAGGUUGUUCAAAGCUGGGUUAAGAUAACCCAGGGUGAGUGUGAAAUUUGGUUUCAGAUCUGAAAGCUUUAAAAGAAAAUUCAGUUUAAAUCUUUUUGAUGAUCAAUUUGAUGAUUAGAUGUUCUGAAAAGAAUGGGGAAAUUUUUCUCAGAAAGACUUUUAAAGAGAAAAAUAAGAAAAAUUGGAUUGAAAUUUAACCCUGGGUUAGUGCUAAUCGACCUUCAAACAACUGGCCCAGGAGCGUAAAAACUUACAGAAGAGCCGCUUUUUUUAAGAGGUUGUGUUUAGCUCUUACUGAAUUAAUACUUUCAGUGUCAUCAUUUUUCCUAACACAUUUGAUAAAUGUACUUUGCAGACAGAUUCUGUUGAAAGUAAAAAGGUUUUGUCACAAAGAUCUUCUGCUGGGUUCAUUGACAGGUAUGGUUAUGAUCUUGAGAAGAAUUGUUUAUUUAUUUAUUGUUAGAGAGUGGUGGGCCUAAAAGUCAGUGUUCUGGACUGUGGGUGGAGUAAUUUGGCAGUCUUUUACUAUGAAAAACAUUAACUAAUUAAAAGUUGAUUCUGUUGCAUACUUUCAUUAUCAUUUAAGCACCAAACUCAGUUUCUGCAACAAACUAGAUGUAUGAACUGAACCUUAUUAUGUCCAGUGUUUUUUUUAAUUGGCCUCCAUCACUAUAAUUCCCAAAAGUGACCAACACAUAAAUUCUUACUGCAGGUUUAUUGCAUAAACCAGCCAACAUUAACCAAUAACAAAUCAUCAAGAUACUUAUGUUAUCAUGAUAUAACACUAAACACUGAUUGAGUCUUUUUUUGUUUUCUUGUGCACAGAAGGCAAAGAACCAUUCAGGGAGAGAGUCCUGUGGUUACAAGGUGUGGAACUAAGUUACAUGUCCUUGCAAAUUUACUAUAGAGAUAACUGAUACAACUUUAUAUUUGAGCAAAAAGAAAGGUGCCUUAAGUAUUUUAGGCAGAAGAUCUUCUGAUGCAGUACUGUUUAAACUCUUGAGACAUGCUGAGUAAAAUGACUUUUUACUUGUGGCCAUUAGAUAAACUUACCCACAACUGAAAGUGACAAAAUUUGUCUCCUUCACCGAUUGUGGUAUUUCAAUAAUAAAAAUGUGUUCUCCAUUUCAGGAAGCAACAGGUAACAUUUACUGCCCAUAAAACAUGUACCUCCUAUUCCUGCCUAAAAUUGCUUGGAAUUCUUGAAAAUUCACAGGGUAAAAGGAUUGCUCUACUGAUUUGAAAAUUUAUUUACUUACCUUGCUUAAAAGAGGGAAAAACGCCUGACUAUUGUAAAAGCACCAUGUUAUGCCAAGUAUUUUUAAAACAAAGCUUUGAAAUGGUACAUUUAGGAGAUGAAGGUGAUUUUAGUGUAGUGUAUUUGUAUGCUUAAGUUUUUUGCAAAUAUUGUCCAAGAUUGCAGCAUAUAAUGUAAACUAUCAUAUGUAUUAUUGUUUGCUCAUUUUCCAGAUACAGAGUUGUGAGGUCAAAGAGGAAAGAAGCUCCAAUUAAAGCCCAGGUUUGUUAUUCAAUACAGACUUCAUUUGACCUUUUAUUGUGUUAUAUUGUAUUGCCUAUGUUGCCCCAGCUCUGUCCACAUUUUGCUCUGACAAAGGGCUAAUGCUCAAAAUGCCUGCUUUGAAACUGCUAACAGGGGCCAAUUUAUAAUAUCAGCUCAGUUCAUCAUACCAAAUUACCCUGUUAUACUCUCCAACUGACACAGCACCACAGUUUCUUUAUAAACUUACCCCCUUUAUUCAUCUGACCACUUAAUUGUUUAAGUGGCUUGUUACAGAGAAAGUAAUGUUACUGACAACAGUUGGUUCAAUGUAUGUGCUUGCUUUUUAACAUCACAUAUCAUGUGUUGGUUUGUUCAUUUGUACAGGAAACUUAGUUAUUAUAAAAAAAUGAUAAAUUAUUUAAUUCUUAACUUCUCAUUUGGUGAUGCUUAAAAACAGCAAGAGUAAGUUUGUGUAUUAUGGUUUAGCUUGAAUCCCCCCCCUCACCCUUAAAAAAAGAUACAAUGUGAAACAGAAAGUACAGGGUUUUUAUCAUACUGGGCUCCUUACUGAGUGCCAAUGAAAAAAAAAAAAAAAAAAAAACUACCGGUAACAAACUUAUAUUGCAUAAUUAUAAACAUAAAAUUUUGAAUUGCAAGGAGAUGAAGGUGACAUGAGUCCAGUAUCAGCAAGUCCUAUCUUGACCCUUUAACCUCUAAGAGUGGCUGGCUUCUAAUUUAUCCUUACAGUAUCACCCUUGAAUCAAAUGUAGAAGCUCUUGAUUGUCACACAAAUUCUCCUUGUCAGAAGCAUGGGACAUGCAAAAAGAACAGCUAGGAGAAAAUUGAUAUUAAUGCUAUGGUGUAAAUGGAUAAGGUUUUGAUCCAAAUUUCUCUGCUUGGACCUGCACUUAACAAGAGGUUGUUUUUUUAUCUCUCUAUCUUCCGUGAUCAAGUAAAGGUGUUUUAGAGUGUUUUUGUCCUAAUUAAUAAGACAUUGUGUCACAAUAAAACAUUUUGUCAAUGUUCUUUUGUAGAAAUUGAAUAAAGUGGUAGUAAUUGGAGGUGUUCCCUAUAAGACUUCGUCCAAUAAACUGACCAAAGCCAAGUCGUCUUCAGCUGAGAAGGGAAUUAGUAAAGGCAGCAAGGGAGUUGGUGAGCCAUUGCAUGAAUUUUGCAAACACAUCUUUUAGUGUUUGUAUGUUUUAUCAUCAAUUUGUUUAAAAAAUGCUCUUCCAUUUUGGAUUCAUGGUAACAUGAUUGCCACAGGGAUGAUUUCCUAUAAAUUAAUUUUUUAUUUAAAUUAUGUAAAAUUUGAUGAAAUUUAUGAUUAUUAUUAUGAUUAAUAUUAUAAUCAUUAUUACCAUUUGAUGGAUGUCUGUUCCCAGCAAGAUUGAGUUGCAAAUUUUUAAACCAGCACGUACAUUGUAACAGGUGAACUUUAUCCUCUUUCAGGGAAGUUAACGAAAACAAUCAUAAUUCAAGGUGAGAAGUUUGUUUCGGACUCAAAAGGCAAGACUCUUCAGAGAAUCAGUAAAGGUAUGUAUCUGUCUGAUGGGCCGCUUCUUUGCCAAAAAAAAAAACCCUUCCUUCAGCCCAAAUCGUAAAACUCGUUAUUGACCCACGAAGCAUCAAUUACCGUAGACUAUUUUCAGUGUGACUAACUGCUUCUUACAAGGGGAAUCGUUGUUUCAUCCUUUCCUGGCUUAUUUUUAUUCAUACAAAAAGUUGAGAAGCCCAUACUGCUCCAAUUCAGAUUUAGAAUGUGCAGAGACGAGCUUCUUUGAUUGAAGGGAGACGUUUUAGGUUCCUCUAAACCUAAUUCGUCAGUUGCUACACACCCAAAGAGUAGAAAAGGCGGACAAGUAACGGCCUCCCACGAAGCAUCAAUUAUGAUUAUAUUGCGAACGCCAACCACACUAAUCAGAAGUAAACUGAACAACACACCAAGCAAGGCUCUUGCCAGGUAUUUUGAGUUGUCGAUCUCAGUUCAUGUGGGGAACGCAUGAUGAAGUUUACUUGUAUUACCAGAGAAUGAUAUCCUGGCCUUAAUAAAGUAAAAGAUAAAACAGUGUACAUCGAAAGUGGUAAAGUGUGUGUCCAAAAACGAAAAAAAAGGAGAGAUACUCCAUUUGAAUCACUUUCCCCGCAAAAGAACCCAAUGAGACCGUAGGAAAUAAUGUUGAUGGAAUCUAUACUUUCAGUUACCUUUAAAAAAUUAUAUUGAACUCCAUCUGAAACUUUCCCUAUGCAUUCUUUCUUACAAUGUUUGCAAACUACCGAGGCUAAAUUUUAUUUAUCCCUGUUUUCAGUCGCGUAUUACGGCGAAGUAUUCAUAAUGCCAGGGUGUAUAACAAGAACAGGAGUAAACCCGUGUCGGAGCAGUACUGCAUGUUCUACAACAGAUUCGGUGAGUUACAUCUCCUUACCUUCGCCUCCAUGAAUACAUGUACUAUUGAGCGUUUCUAGGAACCCUUGUUAGAGCCGGUUUCCAUUUCAGCAGUAUUUCCGGUUCGUUCCCUUGAGAGUGCAAUCGCUGUGAUAUCGCUAUAAGAGUUCGUGAGCAUGACCUGAAACCUUUGCCAAACCGUUCUGUUGCUGUUCUUUUUUAUUUGUGUACAGUUUCUUAAUCUUCUUUUACGAGGACGUAUUGUAUUUUGCCGGGUUUUUCAAAUUCUAUUUCUACUAUUGACAGGACUGCAGAGAACACUUUCGUUCUACGUAAUAAACCACUAUAACUGUUUGUAGAUUGAAGAACUUUGUUCGGGUUCUCUCUUUUUCUUCACGGGAAUUAUUUUAAAAGCAAUGCCUUGCACUUCAUCAUUUACGAUCCUUCAUAACAACAAGACGAAUAGAUCGAAAACGUUAUUAUUGAUACUUUAGGAAAAUGCCAUAAGAGAGACACCUGCCCAUAUAUUCACGACCCAUCUAAAGUUGCGGUUUGCACAAAGUAAGUAUGCUUAUAGGCUGAUUCAGUUGUCUUUGUGAUGGGAAAGCACCAAAGCUAGACCACAUCAAAUAAUUGAUCAUUGCUGAAAUGUUUUGUAGGUUUCUUCGUGGUCGAUGUAAAAACUUGGAUGGAUCUUGUCCGUUCUCUCAUAAGAUUGACCCAGAUAAGGUUUGUUGGCACCUUAGAUAUUUUUCUUUUUCCUGUAAUGUUUGUUUUGGUUUUUUCCUUCGUUUAUAAUUGUGAAAAUCCAGUUUUAAGACGCAAGUGGCACAAGUAACUUUCUGUAAAUGUUCGAUUUGUCUCAGAUGCCAGUAUGUCAAUUUUUUCUCCGCGGAAAAUGUUCAAACGACAAUUGCCCAUAUUCUCACGUUAACGUAAGCAAGAAGGCGAAAGUAUGCGAAGAUUUUCUCAAGGGAUUCUGUGCUCGUGGACAACAAGUAAGUAUGCCCAACUUUGUUGGUGAAAAGCCCUUCCUGACGUACAAACUUGCUUAAAGGAAAAAGGCGCUGGUCUUGAUAUUUUGGUUUAACAGCGGUGCUGUGUUUGUUUCUAUAUUUUGGUGAACACGUUCGGGGUUAGGGAAAUUGAGUUGCCUGGGUGAAACAGCUAAAAUAAUUUACAAAACAAUUCUAAUAUAAUUCUAAAUGCACGAAUCAGCUAAAGAACAAAACUUUAACCGCUCCGCUUCCCAUCAACUGUUUUGAUUACCAAGCUGUUUGCUGUAAACGCAAAGUAGAGUCGCCCUAUUGAAUCUUUCUUUUUUCUUCUUUGUUAGUGUAACAAAAAGCACAUCUUAGAAUGUGAAGAAUUCUCAAGGACAGGCAAGUGCUCCAAAGGCUCACAAUGCAAGCUUAUGCACAAGGCUAGAAAACCUGCACCAUCCCGGAAACGAAAGUCCUCCUCUAACGAGGAACAUGGCACCUCAAAACUCCCUAAGAGAGAUUUAACUGGUGACGAAGGAUUCCUUCCUCUCAUAGCUGGCGCCUCGGGUUUGUAUAAUGUGACGUAUUGUAUAUAAAAGCCGUAUACUGUACCAGAACAGCAGGUAAACGGAUGCAACCGGCAAAACUACCCUUAAGAGUCUUUCUAAACUGUUUUCAGUUUGAAAUCGCGUUGCAUAGUGUAGAGGAAUUCACCCAUGCGAAUGUCCUUUUUCUCGCUUUCAGAUAUUGUGGUCGCUAUGAGACUGCCUUUAUUUUGUUAGUGACUUUAGCAGCUGUACCUUAUCUGAUAUCAGUCCAAUGAAUCAACGGUAAAUCAACUGGGGCUAACCACUUUUCCAACAUAAAUAUUUUCGUUGUUGAGACUUUAUGUCUUCGUAGCCUAAAGAUUCUCACUUGACUUGUUCACUUGGUCAAGACGAGUGGUUACCCAGCCUGCACUUUUCAGUCCUUGACAAUUUUCUCUUUUCGCGUGGCUGUUGGUUAAGUCGUCUUAUGUUUUAGAUUUAGAGAAAAUUCCUGCACAGGAUUCAUUGGGGAAUUCUCAAGAAGAGACCAAAGAAAUGACGG